CUGUGAUGGCCAAACUUCAGGGCUUUGAGUUUUGGAGGAAAACUCUGAAAGCAGCACGCUAUGUGGUGGCUCCCAUGGUGGACCAGAGUGAGCUGGCUUGGCGUUUGCUUAGCCGCCGACACGGUGCUCAGCUUUGCUACACCCCCAUGCUGCAUGCUCAGGUGUUUGUCCGUGACGCCAACUACAGGAGGGAAAACCUCUAUAAUGAAGUUUGUGAGGAGGACAGGCCUCUUAUUGCACAGUUUUGUGCCAAUGAUCCAGAGGUGUUCCUUCAGGCAGCUUUGCUGGCUCAGGAUUAUUGUGACGCCAUUGAUCUCAACCUGCUGCUGACAGUGCACGGCAGAACCAAAGACCAGAAAGGCGCCAUGACAGGUAUCGCUAGCUGGGAGCACAUAAAGGCUGUGCGGCUGGCGGUAAAUAUUCCAGUAUUUGCUAACGGCAACAUCCAGCACCUCAGUGAUGUGGAGCGCUGCAUUCAGGAAACAGGCGUGCAGGGAGUGAUGAGUGCAGAGGGGAACCUCCAUAACCCAGCGCUGUUUGAUGGCCGCAGCCCCCCGGUGUGGGAAAUGGCUGAGGAGUAUCUAGAAGUGGUGAAGCGGUAUCCUCCAUGUACUCUGUCCUAUGUUCGAGCCCACCUCUUCAAGCUGUGGCAUCACACGCUGCAGAUCCACCAGGACCUGAGGGAGGAGUUGGCCAAGGUGAAGACUCUGGAGGGUUUGGCUGACGUUAGCAAACAGCUGAGGCUUCGCUGUCAGGAGGAGAUAGCCAAAGGAAAAGAUUCAGAAGAUAAAGAAAGCGGACUUCCUUUCCCCCACUGGAUCUGCCAGCCAUAUGUCAGACCAGUGCCAAAAGAGACGGUUACCAACGGUAACAGCCAGGCAUCAGUGUUGAAAAAGACAGUUUGUCAGAAGAGGGCACUGGAGGACUGCGAGUCAGCUGACACACUCUCUAAAAACAAGCAGAAGAAGAGAUCCCGCAACCCCAAAAAGAACUUCUGCCCCGAACAGAAACCCAAAUACAUCAAAUGUGAACAAUGUGGUAACCCAAAGGGAAAUAAGUGCGUCUUCAGCCUUUGUCGAGGCUGCUGUAAGAAGAAGGCUUACAAAGAAGUGGCAGACUGUCCAAGCCACGGGCUGAGGUUCAAGACCAAGGCAGAGAAACGGAAAGCAGAGGAGAAGGAGCAGGCGGAGAGAUCCACAACAGAGGUGGAGAGAAGCGACCGCUUUCCUCAGCCUCUGCAGGAUUCAAGAAGGGAACUGGAGGAGCCUCGGCUGCUGCUAUGAGCAGGACUGCAGCCAUCUCUGCGUGCACGAGCCACACACUCACUGGAGGGUGGAAGCAGUGCAUGCAGUAGUCGGUGCAUACUGUGUACACAGCUGCUAAGUAGUCUGUUUGGGACUGAUGGUGAAGUGUCAUCAAUCAACAGACCAAAAAAUAAAAGCUUAUUUUUAUGUAAAA